UGGAGCUCAGCACUGCAACUGGGGAGGGAUCCCUUGGGGGCUGCUGGGCUCAAGCUCCUCGCAUGCACUGGGAUCCAGGGAAUUAGCGCAGCUGGGAGUCAGCAAAAUGCUAGUGGGGAAAUAAAGGGAGGGGGAAAAAAGGCUUUUCAGGCACAAGUCCCAUCCCUGCAUAAAGAGGAGCCUGCCGUGCUGUGCUGUGGAUCUCCUUUCCAGAUGCUCAGAGGAGCUGUGCUGCCUUCUAGAGAUUGAAGAGGGGGUGUGAUGAACUCUACAGAGCCCAACGCUGAGCAUCGUUGACACAGCAAACCUCACCCUCCCUUUGCAAGCGAGCAAGAAGCUGACUUAAAGCAUCUCUGAUUCACAGGCUUGAAGCUGAAGUGACAAUUGCUGCACAGCGUGGAGAAGCUCCAGUGGGCACUUCAGACCCUGAAGAUGGGCAGUGAGAAGUAUCUGAAGCCACGCUGGUGAGCAGGCACAGCAGCAGCAGCAGCCUCCCCCUUGCCGGGUUCCUACGGCAGUCGUGAGGCAGCAUCGGGACUAAGGCAAGGUAGUGAAAAGCAUCAGCGAAGUCCUCUUGGGAGAAACUGAAACCUGAGAGCCUGUGAGAAUUUAUGGCACGGAAAUAUUGAAUCUUCCCUGAAAGACAGGCCACAUUUUAGCAUUUACUUCCAGUGUUUCUCAGCAUUCUCCCUGGAAAGCAGGAGAAGCAGCUUCUGUUUUCUGUAGCCUCACUUCUGCACCGCCAGGGAAAUGCAAAAGGGGUUUAGCUUGACUUGGGGAUGGUGGCUACUAAUUGUGCUAUGACAGGAAAAUGGAGAGGGGUUGAUUUUGGUAAUAUGCUUCUGGAUCCUUCUCCUUGUUCCUGAUGCUUCCUGCCCAUGACUCUCCUUGCCCCAGCCAAGCCAGGCAAACAUAGCCCUGUGGCACCUUCCGACAACUGACCCCAUCGCUUCCCCUGCCUGAGCUGGGAGUGAAGCACAGCAGCCCCCCCAUGAAUGCUAUCAGCCACCCACCAUGGCUUUUCUCCCUGCAAACUCCUCUGACUGCUCCAACUGCAGCCACCCUGUGGGGCCCCUGAACAUUUCCAAGGCCAUCUCCCUAGGAGUUAUCCUGGGGGGGCUAAUCAUUUUUGGGGUGUUGGGUAAUAUUCUGGUCAUCCUCUCUGUGGCCUGCCACAGACACCUCCAGAGUGUUACCCACUAUUAUAUCAUUAACCUGGCUGUGGCUGACCUCCUCUUGACUUCCACUGUCCUGCCCUUCUCAGCUACUAUGGAGAUUUUAGGCUAUUGGGCCUUUGGGAGGAUCUUUUGCAACAUCUGGGCAGCUGUGGAUGUCCUUUGCUGCACUGCUUCCAUUAUGAGCCUCUGCAUCAUCUCGAUAGACAGAUACAUCGGGGUCAGCUACCCCCUGAGGUACCCAAGCAUAGUGACAGAGAAGAGAGGGCUCCUGGCCCUGCUGUGUGUCUGGGCUCUGUCUCUGGUGAUCUCCAUUGGGCCACUGUUUGGCUGGAAGGAGCCAGCACCAGAAGAUGAGACCAUCUGCCAAAUCACCGAGGAGCCUGGCUACGUCUUGUUCUCUGCUCUGGGCUCCUUCUACCUCCCCCUGACUAUUAUCUUGGUGAUGUAUUGCCGAGUCUAUGUGGUGGCCAAAAGGGAAAACAAAGGCUUGACUUGUGGGCUGAAGACAGAGAGGUCUCACUCUGAAGAAGUCACCCUCCGCAUCCAUCGGAGAAACGCCGCCGGAGCAAGCGGAGCAGCAGCCAACCCCAGGAGCAAGCAUCACUUUUCAGUGAGGCUGCUCAAGUUCUCCAGGGAAAAGAAAGCUGCCAAGACCCUGGGAAUAGUCGUGGGAUGCUUCAUUCUCUGCUGGCUUCCUUUCUUUGUAGUAAUGCCUCUGGGCUCACUCUUUCCUGCCAUCAAACCCCCGGCCACGCUUUUUAAAAUAACAUUUUGGCUUGGCUACUUAAACAGCUGCAUCAACCCCAUCAUCUAUCCCUGCUCCAGCAAGGAGUUCAAGAAAGCAUUCCAGAACGUCCUCGGAGCGCCCUGCCUCCCAAGGAAGCAAACGGCAACGAAGCCAUCCCCAAGUUUCAACCUCAACCACCCUGCUGGCCAGAGCCCGGAGGGCGGCGGAGCUGUGGUUCGCAUCCCUGCCGGCUCGGGAGAAGCCUUCUAUAAGCUUUCCAAGUCGGAUGGGCUGUGCGAGUGGAAGAUGCUCGCUGCCGCGCAAGGUGCGCCCGCCAAGCGCGGAGUCUCCGCGGACUGCAGCGCUGCCAAGGCCAAAAGCAAAGGCUUCCUGCAGGAGUGCUGCUGCGCAGCCGCUUCGGGCAGCCUCGCCCACGGAAAGGGGCAAGUGCCGACCGCUAAAAUGCACAGCAUCUCCCUCGGAGAACGCGGGGAGGGCGUCUGAGGGACCGGCUGUGCCCAGCGGCGUGGGCUGGCACGACCCCGCUCUGGUGAAGGUUGGAAGGGACCUCUGGAGAUCAUCUGGUUCAAGCUCCUCGCUACGGCAGGGGCGGGGCAGAGCAGGAUGCUCAGGAUCACAGCCAGGCACGAUGGGAAUUUCUCUGGAGAGGAUUCCGCAGCUUCCCUCAGCAGACUGGUCCAGUGAGCCCCAGGGGAUCCUGUCCAGUGAGCCUCAGGGGAUCCUGUCCAGUGAGCCCCAGGGGGAUCCUGUCCAGUGAGCCU